AUGCCUCCCAGAAGUUUAGAAGAAUGGUUUUACUAUAAACUGUUGAGUAGUCCAGGUUUCCACAGGUUUGUACGAAAGGUAUAUAGGAAAGUGAAUGGUAUUAAGGAAGAUCCCUUCACCGAUCAGCCAACCGCUUCUCAAUAUCUUUACAAGCCGACACAAACACAGAAAUUUAAAGCUCUUCGUCUUCUAUUUUGGGAUGAAAUGAGAUCUACCUUCGGAUUCAGAAGGAAACUAAGCGACCGCUUUAAAUGA